AUGCUCCGACUGCUCUUCUUAAUACCAUUGCUGAUUGUGGUACAGAGUUCUAAUGUCAUGUACUCUGUGACAAAGCAUUUCCACUACGAUGACGGGAUUUCGGAGGAAUGUGUCUGCGUUGGAUUCAAUCCCGAUUCACAGAACGAUGAAGCUGAAGAGGGCCGAAGUAAACGUUCAACAAAAGAUGUUGAAGAUAUGAAUUUGCCAAGUGUUAAAACGAGAAAUGAAAUCGAUCGAAGCAAAUAUUCGGUGAAUAAACGAAUCGAUUUCUCUGGUGAUGGAUAUGAGGAUUGUGCGUGUACACCGAAAACGAGAAGGGUUUCGAGGAGGAUUCGUAAUCUUUCAUCACUUCCACAUCGUGUUUUAAUGCGACGUCAUCGUCGAGAGAAACCUAGAGUCGAUUCAUGGUUAGCAACAAGUUAUGAAGAAGAUGAUGACACCAAAAGACACUAUAAAUUCAAAAAUCCAUCAAAACCAGAGAAUAACAAAGAAAAAGAGGACAAGACACUCGACGAGUUGCUCAAUGAUGUCGUCACAACGAAAAAGCCCCUCAAAACAAGCAAAGGAAAGCCAAAGGGGAAAGCGGGUGGAAAAAGCAGUGGAAAAUCGCGUCGAUCGCUCGACGAGGACACAAUUUUUGAUGAAAUAGCCACUGGGAGUGUGUUAGGCGAGUUGACUCAUCCUGGAGUUCGUAUUCCAGAACCCGAAGGAAUAGAGCGUGAACGAUUAGUGAGAGUGUUCACGAAACAGCUUUUGACAGCUCUUGGACACAUGCACGCACAAGGACUAGCUCAUUUAGAUCUCCGCCCAGAAAGCAUUCUCUUACAAGAUGACAAGUUGAUCUUAGCCGAUUUUGGCUCAAGUCGGAAACUCGAUCGAACGGGAACAAUUCGCGAGUCGAUUAAAGGAAGUCCCGAGUUUGUGUCCCCAGAGAUCGUCAACGGCCAGCCGAUUACUUUGGCUAGUGAUUUGUGGAGUGUAGGCACGCUCACAUAUAUCUUAUUAACUGGUGUCUCACCAUUUCACGGGGACAACGACGCUGAGACACUCAAAAAUGUCUCAAAAGGAUCUUUCAGAACUGAUACUGAGGAAUGGAAUGUGUUCUCCUUGUCGGCGAAGGCGUUUAUUCAGAAGUUGUUGACCUUUGAUCCAAAUUCUCGUCCUUCCGUCAAAGACGCUUUAUGCAGUGAGUGGCUAGCUGAGACAUCACUCGUCAAUUCUUCUCUUUCCGCUGAUUCACUUCGCGAGUUUCGUUACAAACACAAAUGGCUUGAACGACGAGUUUUUGUCCAACAAACACCCUCAAAUCAACGCUACGAACAAAUCGAGCCUCCAUCGAUCGAUCUAAACUCUUCUCAUCCCUAUAUAUCAUAUCCGAAUCCGACACGACGAGCGAACGGUGGACAAUCACGACAACAGAAUCAAUUCGACGAUCGACCAUUAGUUGACGAGAAAGGUGAACCGAUUCCAUUCGACUCAAGACAAAAACAACAAGAGACUCGAUUUGAUAGUCAAGGUCGAGCAUUGGAUCCUUUUCAUUCAUCUGAUCAGUGGAGAUCGAGAGAACCGCCAGCACCUAGCCCAGAUCAAUCGCCAAUUCCCGUCGAUCAAUUUGGCCGUUUCGUUCACCCGGAAGAGCUAGCAAGACUUCAACAACGACAACUACAACAAAACAGAGGUCAAGAGGUUCAACUCGAUCCAUACGGUCGUCCGCUUUUCCCGCCAGCAGAUCGACGGCAAUUUGUUGAUCAAUUCGGCCGUCCAAUACCACCAGAAAUCUUACGACGCUUGCAACAAAGACAAGAAGAAGCUUUUCGUGAACCGCCACCCGCUUAUUUCUGUCCACCACAUUCGGGCAAUCCGAUGGGCGAACGGAGACGAUUGGAACCACAGCAACAAGGAGAAGCACCGGCCACUCAACGAUUCCAUCAACAACCGCUCACUCUUGCACCCUUCAAUCCCGAGGAAAACCCUCUGGCACAAGUACCAAUUCGUAUGAUCCGUGGAGAACAUCGGCCUAUUGAAGAAGAAAUCGCGAAUAGGAUUUUGUCUGAUAUUUCCGAAGAAGGCUCACUAGCUGGUUCACUCGCUUCUUUAGAAGAACUUGAGCCAUAUUUUGCGAUCAGAGAUUAUCGCUAUCAACCGAGAAAUUUCCGCGAUCGUUCCGGCUCGUCGACACCAAGAUUAGAGGAGAAUCUUAGCGAAGAGGAGGACCUCAGCAGCAGUCCAUCGCUUUCCCCGAAGACUGUUAAGGAAAGUGAAAACUUUACGCCAGCCGGUCCCCUUUCUCCGCCAGCAGCUCUAUCACCUGGAGUUUCUGAAAAAGAAGAAACAAAAGUAGAAAAAGAAGGAAAGGAAGAAGAGAAGAAAGAAGGGAAGGAAGAAGGGAAGAAAGAAGAAGAGGAAGAAGCAAAGGAAGAAAAGAAAGAACAAGAUAAACAACAGGAAUUCGAUCGAGCUAGCAAAUCUUCAACUCCAUCAACACUCAAAGAAGCUUUACCAGAGCUGAAAUCUUCAUCUCCAUUAAAAGACGAGCUCUAUAUAUCGAUUGAAUCGAAGAAAGAAGAGAAAAAAGGAAAGGAAUCGAUUCAAAUUCAACCAAUAAUUGAAGAAAUUUUUCUAAAAACCGUCAAAAGAGAAGAGAAUAAUAAUAUGGAGACAUCAAUUGCUCACGUGCAUGUGCCGGACAAGGUUCCCGUUGAAGAAUUGAGGAAAAUGGAGAAAGAGAUCCUUAAAGAAAUCGAUGCUGAUCCAAAGCUGGCUAUUGGUUGUCCGAUCUUCGUCGAACCACUCGAGAGACAUCAUCCUUUCCUCAUCUCUCCAUCACUUCAAGUAGAAAUCCCACUUGUGAAAGAUGGUACCCUUUCCCCAGCUUCCCCAGCAAUCACCCCGAAACGCGGCCGCACCAAGCAGAAAGGAGCUGGUGGAACGGGGAUGAAGUCGUUGGUUGUCUCGCCGGGAAGAGAGCAUUCUAUGGAGGUGCUUAUUGCCACAAAAAGGGGUAAACCCGAGUUUAUCGCGCCGGGUGAAGAGGUGCCCGAGUUGGACGAUGAUGAGAGGAAAAAUCGGGAAAAGGAGGCACAGCUUAAACCAAAAAUGCACUCAAAAGAUGAGGAUUUCGAGGAUAAACAACCUGAAUUGGAAAGGAUCAAGAAAAACGCCGAGAUGCAGAGAAAAAUGUUAGAUGAUUUGGAUAAAUAUCGAGUCGGUAAUUACUAUAAAGAGGAUGAUGGAUGGAGGAUGAAUGAAGAAGACAUCGAUGCAUCGCCUUGGGACAGUCAUUAUCAGAUCGGCCCAGACACCUAUUUGAUGGCAUCGCGAGGAGCCGCCUUUAACUCUCGAGUGCGCGAUUAUCGACGCGAGCUUUGGGGCGAUGGCGCAUCACUCGUUCGUCAAGGAUAUCUCGGUGUGCGAAAUCGGGAUAUCACCGUUCGCGAGAGAAGACGAUACACGGAUAUUUUACGUGAAACCCAGCACAAUGUAGCGCCAAAGUCGGCCGAGCACGCUACAAUGAACUCAAAGGAUUUAAAGGCAAACGCUGUGGCACGGAUUAGAAGCGAUAUCGAAAAAGUGGCCCCAGCAGCGACAAAGAAGAAUCAAGACGGAACGUUUGCGGCGAUUUUCGUAAAGCGUUUACGGGACACGUACCUUGUCGCCGAUGCUCCGUCCGUCGUUUUCGAGUGUCAGGUCCUUUCCUCGCCGACAGCUGAGUUGACAUGGACAAAACACGGUCGAGUGGUGAGCGACGAUGGGAAACACAAGCUACAUACGGAGAACGGCGUCCAUUUUUUGACCAUUUUGCAGCCAAGUCUUUACGAUUUGGGCGAAUAUGCAUGCCAUGCAAAGAACGAAUUCGGCUCAGAUCAAAGUCACGCUCGGUUGAUUAGUGGAGAAGCCCCAUCGAGACCGGGUCGGCCAAGUCUUGAGCUCUCAUCAGACACGGAAAUCUUUAUGACUUUUGAUCCACCAGAGGGACCAACUUAUUUAGAAGGAAUCAUGUAUCGAGUGGAAUGUCGUUUAGCUGGAGAGAACGAUUACGACGCGCCGUGGAUCACCGUUUGUGAGAAAGUCGAGGAUGAAGCUGUUUGUGUAAAGAACCUUGAACCCCUGGGCAUCUAUCAGUUCCGAAUUGUCGCGAAAAACGGUUUCGGUUGGGGAGAUGCGUCAUUACACUCGCGAAUCGUUCGAACUCAUCCCAGAGGCUCUCCAAAGUUGCAACUCGAUGAGUUGAGUCGCACCGUUCGUUUCGAGAUCAUCAAUUUCCCUGGCAAGCGUGUCACCAAGAAAAAGACGAUGCACCACCCGUAUGAUGGUCUCUACAGUAAUCUUCCUGCGUCGAUCCAACCGAAAUCCCUUGCCGGUAUCUCGGAAGAAUCGGAAGAGACCGAAGAGGACAGCUCGUCACUUCAAUCAACAGCCACUCAAAGCAAAGAAAUCGAAUUGCAAGGGGAUCUCGGGGGUCGAUUCGAACUCGGAUCACUCAUUUUCUCUACAAAAUAUUCAAUUAUUCGAAAUGCUAAUGACACACAGAAAGAUCAUAAUUCCCGUUGUGUGGCAAAGUUGAGGCAUUGUGGAGGGGAAAGUGAAGGGAAAAACGAAUUCGAAAUGCUUCGUUUGGGACAACACGAGAAUGUGCAAAGACUUUUGGCUGCAUCGUUGAGCGGCGAUUUUCUCUCACUUUUUGUCGAGCGCCUUUACGAGGACGUGUUCGCCCGGUUUUCCUACGCCGAUCACUAUACAGAGGAACAGAUCGCGAUCGUCGCUCGACAAGUCGCCGCCGCGUUGCACUGGCUUCAUUUCAAGGGAAUCGCUCACCUUGACGUGAACCCACACAAUGUAAUGUUUGAGUCGAAGAGAUCGUGGAUCGUAAAACUCGUCGAUUUCUCGUCCGCCCAGCUUAUUGGCAAUGAUGCAAAGUACCCUGAAGAGAAAGAUGUACAAUGGUGUGCUCCGGAGUUCCACGUUGGCGACACCCCGGUGACCGUUCAAUCGGAUAUUUGGGGACUUGGCAUCAUCACUUUUUGUUUACUUGGCGGUUUCCAUCCGUUCACCUCGGAGUUCGACACGUUUGACGAAGUGAAAGAGAACGUGAUCAAUGUGAAAUGCGAUCCGAAUCUGAUCCCCGUGCAAGCCUCACAAGAUGCACUCUCUUUUGUCACAUGGUCGCUCAAAAAGAACCCAUUGAGACGAAUGCGAACCGAUGAGGCUUUAUCGCAUCGCUUUGUCUCCUCAGAUCCAGCAUCGGUGCGAAGACGAGAAGCGAUUCGGUACAGCUCGAAUCGACUCCGAAAAACCGCUCACCUAACAAAACAGACUUUCCUCACUCCACGAAGCCAGGAGCUGCAAAAGAAAUUUGGCAAUAAU